AUCAGUCGACCGCGGCGAAGGGUGGACGGGUGUCCCCGGCGCCGCCUGGCGCCCAGAGGGCCAGCAGGGCCGAGGCCGGCGGAGGCCGGAUGGGCCGAAGGGCGAACUAGCCCUGUCCAAGAGGCCUGACAAUGCCCCGCCGCGGAGUGUCUCCUGGCCAGGGCUACCCCAGCUCCGACCGGGAGCAGGAUUCAGACAGGUCCUCGGAGGCUUCCAGUCUGGGACGCCUCUGGAUGGCCCUGGGCCUGGCGCUGGCGCUGGCGCUUGCCCUGCCCGACUGCCUGGUUCUCUGGGUCCCGGCCGAGGCCCAUCCUUUGCCCGCCCAAAGCCAUCCUGCCAGGCUCAAUCGCAUGCUGCCCCAGCUCCGGGACACCUUCGGGUGGUGGAACUUCACUUGCCCGGUCUGCAAAGUCCUUUUCACCGUCAUCGACAUCGGACUGAAGCAAGAGUCCAGUGUGGCCCAGGUGGGCUCCAUGGCCAUCAAGCUGUGCAAUCUGCUGAAGAUAGCGCCACCUGCAGUGUGCCAGUCAGCUGUCCAGCUCUUUCAGGGUGACAUGGUGGAGGUGUGGACACGCUCAGUGCUGAGCCCAUCUGAGGCCUGUGGCCUGCUCCUGGGCUCCACCUGUGGGCACUGGGAUGUCUUCUCAUCUUGGAACAUCUCUUUGCCAGCAGUACCCAAGCCGCCCCCUCGGCCUCCCAGCCCCCCAGCCCCAGGUGCCCCUGUCAGCCGUAUCCUCUUCCUCACUGACCUGCACUGGGAUCAUGAUUAUCUGGAGGGUGCAGAUCCUGACUGUGUGGAUCCACUGUGUUGCCGCCAGGGUUCUGGCUUGCCACCCACCUCCCGGCCAGGUGCUGGAUACUGGGGAGAGUACAGCAAGUGUGACCUGCCCUUGCGGACUCUGGAAAGCCUGUUGAGCGGGUUGGGCCCAGCUGGCCCUUUUGACAUGGUGUACUGGACAGGAGACAUCCCCGCCCAUAACGUCUGGCAACAGUCUCGCCAGGACCAGCUGCGGGCCCUGACCACCAUCACGGCUCUCGUGAGGAAGUUCUUGGGGCCAGUGCCUGUGUACCCUGCUGUGGGCAACCACGAGAGCACACCCGUCAACGGCUUCCCUCCUCCCUUUAUAGAGGGCAACCACUCCUCCAGCUGGCUCUAUGAAGCCAUGGCCAAGGCGUGGGAGCCCUGGCUGCCAGCAGAAGCUCUUCAAACUCUCAGAAUUGGGGGGUUCUAUGCCCUGUCCCCACGCCCCGGCCUCCGCCUCAUCUCUCUCAAUAUGAAUUUUUGUUCCCGGGAGAACUUCUGGCUCUUGAUCAACUCCACAGAUCCUGCUGGACAGCUCCAGUGGCUGGUCCGGGAGCUUCAGGCCGCUGAGGACCGAGGAGACAAAGUACAUAUAAUUGGCCACAUUCCCCCAGGACACUGCCUGAAGAGCUGGAGCUGGAAUUAUUACCGAAUUGUAGCCAGGUAUGAGAACACCCUGGCUGGUCAAUUCUUUGGCCACACCCAUGUGGAUGAAUUUGAGGUUUUCUAUGACGAGGAGACCCUGAGCCGGCCGCUUGCUGUGGCCUUCCUGGCGCCCAGCGCCACCACCUACAUUGGCCUUAAUCCUGGUUACCGCGUCUACCAAACAGACGGCGACUACCCCGGGAGCUCUCACGUGGUCCUGGACCACGAGACCUUCAUCCUGAACCUGACGCAGGCGAACACGCCUGGAGCCACUCCACACUGGCAGCGCCUCUACAGGGCUCGAGAAACCUACGGGCUGCCCAACGCGCUGCCUGCCGCCUGGCACGACCUGGUAUACCGCAUGCGGGGCGACACGCGAUUAUUCCAGACCUUCUGGUUCCUCUACCAUAAGGGCCACCCGCCCUCGGAGCCCUGCGGACCGCCCUGCCGCCUCGCUACUCUGUGCGCCCAGCUGUCUGCCCGUGCUGACAGCCCUGCUCUGUGCCGCCACCUGGUGCCAGAGAGCCCUCUGGACAGCCACAACCUGUGGCCACGGCCUCUGUUCUGCUAGCGCCCCCAGGGCCCAGCGUUGGUAAAGUUCGGAUCUUGGGGAGGGAGGAAAAGGCCCAGGACGCUGAGGACUCUGGUGGAAGUGGAAGUGUCCAACCUGGGACCCCAACUAAGCCAAGGGAACAGGUCUUUCUCCUUUCCUGGAGCUGGUUUAGCAGGAUAUGAGAGGGGUUUGGGCUGCUCUGGCUGUCCUAGCACUUAAGCUGCCCUGGGGAUUCUGUCUUUUCAUGGCUAUAGAGCUGAGGCCUAAGCUGACACUUCCCUGGGCUGACUAGAUAGGAGCUGUCGCUGGGGGCCAGGUGCUGCCCAGCCAGGAACUCUGUGCUGCUACUGUUGCCUGAUCCCACCAGACUGUUACAAUAAAGAAACUUGAACUCUAG